UUAUACGUUUCAACGAAAUCGUUCGUUGUCCAAGUUUAUUUUAUUUCAUUUUAAUGUAACUAAAUGGUGGCUUUCCGUUAUUGUUUAAAAAUACAAAACAAUGUAUAUUUUGUGUUUGUGAUGUCAGUGAAUUGAAUUACAGUGUUGAAUAUGUUUACCAAAGCUAUGUGAGAAUGUGUUAAAAUUGCACACAAAAUGAACUGGACUGUGGAUUUUUCAGUAAUUUUACGAUGAAGGGUGGUUUGUGUAUUAUUUACACGUCGUUACUGACCAUUUCAGUUCUAUCGAGCUGUGCCCUCUUCAUCCUUGUGGUUUCGGAGGCUCUACAAGGAGAGGGCGAUAACGUGGACCUCUCAGGGCUUAGUAACGUCAGUCAGAAGGUGUCAUCUAUAGAAAAGGAUGAAAUUCCAGAAAUCCUGCCUGAGACCACUACUUAUGAACCAGAUAAUAAAAAGAAAAAAGACCUACAGCAGCAAGAGAUGAUAUUUGCUGAAACGCUGUCAGUGAACUCUGUGACAACUGAUGGGUUACCUGACACGGGACAACCACCUAUAAUAAUAUCUCUGGCGGAUAACGCGAAAUUGGAUUUAAAAACAUCGGACGAACUAUUGUUUGUCAAUGACUCUGAAGAACACAAUGACACGAAAAAGUUUUCCGUCGGAGAGGCCGACGCUGUGGAGGAAGAUAAACAAAAUGCAGAAGAAACGGUUACAGAGAAAGAUUCUACAGAGCCAUUACUUAUCGUUAAAGCAAAACCAAUGCACGAAACAAAACAAACAGAAGAAGCAUUUCGAAGCACCACUCCUAUGCCUGAAACAGACAAAGAAUCUCAAUCCGAGGAGUGGAGAGAAGAAAACAUUCCAGUCAAACCGGAGACGCCGCAGGAAGAUAUACCUUCGUUCUCAGAGUGGGCUCAGAAGCAACUGGCCGAGGCCGAGAAAAAAGACACCGUAUUGAACCACUCGAGUCAACCUAGUCAUAGCAAUACAAAUCUUAGUAAUAAAAGCACAAAGCUUCGCUCAAAAAAUUACGCUUCGCUCGCUUGCGGAGCCAAGGUGGUUGCCACCAACCCAGAGGCCGGUUCAGCCAGCUCCAUUCUGUCCCCGAACCGGGACGAGUACAUGCUCAACACUUGCACCAGCCGUAUCUGGUUCGUCAUCGAGCUGUGUGAGGCGGUGCAAGCGCAGAAAAUAGAGAUAGCCAACUUCGAGUUGUUCUCCUCCACGCCCAAAGAUUUCGCCGUCUACUUCAGCGAUCGAUUCCCUACGCGGGACUGGGCUAGCGUCGGCCAGUUCACUGCUCAAGAUAUGAGGGAUGUACAGAGUUUUGAUCUGUAUCCACAUUUAUUUGGUAAAUUCAUAAAAGUCGAGAUGCUGUCUCAUCACGGCUCUGAACAUUACUGCCCCAUUUCGCUUUUUAAAGUGUACGGAACAUCAGAGUUUGAGGUACUAGAGAAGGAAAGCUCCCAGCACUCGGCUCAUAUAGACGAAGACGAGGACGACGAGAUAAUUGAUGUUCCCGAUGUGCCCACUGCGGAAACGGAACCCUCGAAAAACCUUUUCGGGUCUGCAAGGGAUGCAGUCAUGUCUAUUAUGAAGAAAGCUGCUCAAGCGUUAGUGAAGACGGAAGUUCCUAAAAAUGUAUCUAACGAAAGUAACGAUACGUCGGUGGACGCAAUGUACAAAAAGUGUUGUUCUCCAAGCCAUAUUAUUGUAUGUGAUAAUUGUAGUGAAACGCUUUAUAAUGAAGUAUAUGAGCUACUCAGUUGUAGUUCGGACAAAUUAACUAAUUUAGUGCGUCAAGUGUUCCUACGUGAGACUUUGAAGUGUACGGGAAUUUGUCAACCUUACGGUUUAGAUUUUAAAAGUACAAAAACAAUCGAGUUCAGUGACGAACGUGUCGCGUACAUGAACGCUUUAUUUCCCCCGAAAUAUUUAGCUGCACUGUGCAAUAUGCUUGCAAUUAAAGAGAAGAAGGUCGUACUAAAUACGAGUUUCGAGACAGAACAAAAUGUAACCACAAAUAUUACAUUGGACGAAACACCGCAUAAACUGAACGGUGAAACUAAUUCCGAUUUAGAAAUUAAAUUAGUUCCGAUCAAAACCGGCGAUACGGUAGACGAGAAAACUAAUGAAACACAAUUGAAAGAAACACCAGCACCUUCUGAACAAAUAGAUAAAAAUAAUAUAACUAUAGAGAUAUUAAAAGAAGAAAAUGACGAAACAGACGUUAAAAAGGAAGAACCGCAGUCAGUACCAGAAGACAUUCCAACUCCAGAGCCACAAGAAAACUAUCAGCUCGAAAAUGAUAAAGUUUUGGAAUCAGAGGUUGAAAACGAAGGAAAAGAGGGAUCUAUAAAGACAGAUAAUAAAAAUGGAAAACACGAAACGUUAAAUGACAAACCAAAGGAAGCUCUGGUAGUUGACGAUGUGAACGAGCAAAUGAUUAUGAUCGAAAGCGACCACUUCAUAUCGGACCUGGAUCAGAUGGCGGUAGAUCCCGCGCCCACCGGCACGCAGCCCGCACUUAGCCAGAACCAGGCGCAGACCACUAUACAAAAAGAGUCAGUUUUCCUGAGAUUGUCUAACAGAGUUAAGACUUUAGAACGAAACAUGUCACUAUCUGGUCAAUAUCUGGAGGAGCUGAGCAGGCGAUACAAGAAACAAGUCGAGGAAAUGCAGAAGUCAUUCGAGAAGACCAUGGUCCAGAUGUCGGAGGAGCGGCGGAAGAGCAACGAGAGGGAGCAAAAGUAUUUGGAACAGCUGACCAAUCUGCAAGAGCAGAUGACGCAUAUGGCCUCCGCGCUGCAUACUUUGAUGGAGGAGAGAAAUAGUUGGUUUGGAAACAUGACAGUCCUGAAAUUCGUACUAUUUCAGUCCAUAAUACUCAGCAUCGCGUUCUAUUAUGUUACUAAAAGAAGAAAGAGGGAGUCUAUUGUAGUUAUGCCGGUCACAAAGAAGAUUAAGAAAAGGCAGGAGAGGUUCAGAAGAAAAUCGGUGGAAGGCGUAAGCGGCCACGCCACACCCUCGGCUAAAAAGCGGAGACCGAGCGAGGAGGCGUUCGAGAUAGAGAGGCAGUCGACGGAGGAAAUGGCCACGAUGGACAGGGAACUAAACGACGGAGACUGGCAGGUGGCUAAAAAGAACAGACGACGCAAGACUUCCGUAAUACAUAGAGGUCUGGAAUAUGACGCCACUGUAAAUUGCGUCAGACAAGAUAGUAUAGGGAAGUUACAAGAAAAUCUGAUACCACUGGACGAGGGCGAAUACUUCGCGCCCGUGUCCGAACCGAGGGAGUUUACGGUGGAGGCGCCGCAAAAGAAGGAGUCGCCCAAAACGAACGGCUCGUUUUUUAAUAGUCUAAAGUCGAAAACUAUGAAGACGAGACGGCUGUCGUCGCCCGCAUUUCUCCGGACGCUGAGCCGGCAGAGCGCGCGCAGCACGCCCAGCCCCGUGCUGCGCAGUACGGAGCCCAUGUUCAACGGUAAGCUGGGGAAGAAGGCGGCCUCCGAGUCGCCCACUGGUAGCCUGUGGUCAGAGUCCACGGAGCUGUCGCAGGGCAGCCGGCACGACACAGAUAGCGCCGGCGCCGGCAAGAAGAAGAAGAGCCUCAAGAAUAUAUUGAAGAAAGUGUUUUGAGAACUUUUAUUUUUGUAAUGUUGGUGUGUUUGUCGCUCGAUGAAGCGUUCAGCUGUUGUAAAUUAUUUCUUUGCUCGUAUGUACUGAAGAUAUUAAUUAAAUUAUUGUAUAAAGUUUAUCGUGUCAUUGUUAGACCUCAUUAGGUGCCAAUUGUGAUAAUUAGGGAGCCUAAUUGUUGUUAGCGUUUUGAUUUGUGCGUGUUGUGAGUGCGAGUGCUGCGGCGAGAUAAAUUAUGUUCUGGACCGAUGUCAACUGGACACUAGUCGGGGGAGAGUUCGGUGCAGUGGCAUUAAAUGCGUUAUAUUUA